UGAUUCUUGAAUGCUAUUCUGAGAAAUAAACUCUCUUCCUCCAUACUGCUCUUCUCAUUCUUCAGUCUGAUCAUGGCGAAUGUUGUUGGAGGGACACCAUUGAUGAGAAUCAGAGGAAUACCAGAUCUUGCCCCCCCAAUCUGGCGCCCAUCUGCUUUUAUUUAUAAGCAUAAUCAUCAUCAUUUCCACAAGCGUCGACUUCUUCUCUGUUCUUCUGCUCCAAGGAGGUGGAGGCAUUUCUGUGUCUCGUCGAAGGCAGAUGCUACUCCCCAAGAACAAGUUCGAGUUCGUUUUGCUCCUUCUCCCACUGGCAAUCUCCAUGUUGGUGGUGCCAGAACUGCUCUUUUCAAUUACCUUUUUGCUAGGUCCAAAGGAGGCAAAUUUGUGUUGAGGAUUGAAGAUACUGACUUGGAGAGGUCAACUAAGCAAUCCGAAGAGGCAAUGCUCCGGGACCUUUUUUGGCUUGGUCUUGAUUGGGAUGAAGGCCCUGAUGUUGGUGGAGACUACGGUCCAUACCGACAAUCUGAAAGGAAUUCUUUGUAUAAGCAAUAUGCUGAGAAACUCUUGGAAUCUGGUCAUGUUUAUCGCUGCUUCUGUUCUAAUGAGGAACUAGAAAAAAUGAAGGAGAUCGCAAAGCUAAAGCAAUUGCCUCCAGUGUACACUGGGAAGUGGGCCACUGCAACUGAUGAAGAAGUUGAGGAAGAGCUUGCGAAGGGAACUCCUUACACAUAUCGGUUUCGUGUACCAAAGGAGGGGAGUUUGAAAAUUAAUGACCUUAUUCGGGGUGAAGUUAGCUGGAACUUGGACACACUUGGAGAUUUUGUAAUCAUGAGGAGCAAUGGUCAACCUGUGUACAACUUUUGUGUUACGGUUGAUGAUUCUACAAUGGCCAUCUCACAUGUGAUAAGAGCGGAAGAGCAUUUGCCAAAUACUUUGAGGCAAGCAUUAAUAUAUAAGGCUCUUGGAUUUCCCAUGCCUUACUUUGCACAUGUUUCUUUAAUUCUUGCUCCGGAUAGGAGUAAGUUGUCAAAACGGCAUGGUGCAACUUCAGUGGGUCAGUUCAGGGAGAUGGGGUAUCUUCCCCAAGCAAUGGUGAAUUACCUGGCGCUUUUAGGUUGGGGGGAUGGCACAGAAAAUGAGUUUUUCACCCUUGAGCAACUAAUUGAAAAAUUCUCAAUCAGUCGCGUUAACAAAAGUGGUGCCAUUUUUGACUCUACAAAGUUGAGGUGGAUGAAUGGUCAGCAUUUAAGAGCACUUUCAUCAGAGCAAUUGCUCAACCUUAUUGGUGAACAUUGGAAGAAGACUGGUAUCCUUGAGGAGUUGGAAGGAUCAUUUAUAGAAGAAGCAGUUCAGCUACUAAAGGAUGGGAUUGACUUGGUAACUGAUUCAGACAAAGCACUCUCAAAUUUGCUAUCUUAUCCCUUACAUGCUACUUUGUUGAGUCCAGAAGGUAAGACUGUUGUAGAAGAUAAGCUUGAUGAAGUUUCAUCCAGGCUUUUAGCUGCAUAUGACAGUGGUGAACUCCUAAGUGCCCUAGAAGAAGGUCCAUCUGGUUGGCAGAAGUGGGUGAAGAACUUUGGCAAAUCUCUAAAGCGCAAGGGGAAAUCGCUUUUCAUGCCACUUAGGUUAUUGCUAACUGGGAAGGUCCACGGCCCCGAUAUGGGUUCUAGUGUGAUUCUGCUCCACAAGGCUGGAAGUUCUGGUGUUGUUUCUCCAAACGCUGGAUUUGUCCCAUUGAAUGAGAGGUUCGAAAUAUUGAGGCAAGUUGACUGGGAAGCUCUGAAAGAGCAACCUCCUUUGGAGUCUGCUGCUACUGUAUCAAAUUAAGCUUCUUUUUUUUCUUUUUCCUUUUUUUUUUUUGGUGGGGGGGGGGGGGGAGGGAUGCCCUGUUUUGAUCUUUUUGAAUUUUUUUUUCCCGGAAAGCACUUGUUUUAAAUACAAUGAGAUGAAUUUUAGUGUUUCUAUUAGGAGAAAUACCUCAAGGUUUGGAAUGAUGAUUGCAAGAAAGUAAUUUAUCCAAAAGUUUAGACACUAAAUAAAAAAUAAUUUGCCUAUAAUUUAUCUACAAAAUAAAAGUUUGACAUCUCACAAAUAAAAAGCUCGGAAGCAAGUGUAUUACAUGCUUAAAUUUACUCGCGAAAUCAAUCAACUUUUGCAUUUAGACUUGCAUGUCAAGUGAGUUAUGCAUGGUCUGUGAGAUUUCAAACUGAAUUGAAGAAUAGUACCAUACUAUUUCUUUAACUUGAAAAUAAAAAUUAUAAGUAUAAUAUAUAAAAGUUGGAUUAAAUUUUUUUCUUACGAAUGAUUCAUUCCAAAAUAGAGCAUUAGGAAAACAACUUGCAAGUCCUCAUGACUGUCUACUGCUGUCUGGCUUUUUUGUCUUGAAUUGAAAUUCAGACUCAAUCGAUUUUUAAAAAGCAAGCGAAAAACCACUGAAUUAAAUUUUUUGAUUUAAUAAAAUAAUAUAAAAAAAUUAUAAAAUUUUAGGCAAAAUAUAACUUGCUAAUUUAUGAGUGAGCUCCUCUUAAGCUCUGAAAGCCUACAGGCGAAAGUUCUUUUCUUUUCUUUUCUUUUCUUUUCUUUCAGGAGGUACGGGGAAAUCAUGGUACCCGGAAUCAAUAUAUAUGCAGUUGCCAACCGCUCUAAGCCGGCUUUUUGUACAUUAGUAGAUCUACAUCUCAAUUUCCAAAUGAAAGGGAAAAAAAAAAAUCAACAAAUGCUUAAGGAGAAAUCUCAUCUCUUAAUUAUUCCAAAAAUAACGGUAAUAAUAAUCAUUUUCCAUCUCCAUUAACAAGCCUCCUGGACAAAAUGAGGUUCUACAAAUCUAUGGCAAUCUAAGGGUUUUCAGAGUCAUAAUAUUAUGCAACAAUCAUGUAGUUGAUUACUUUAUAUCACAGGUAAAAAAACUGGUAAUUGCUUGUAUGAAUCACUGAGCAAAGAGAAACAUCGGUUCUUCCCAGAUGAAUGAAUUAAAAAUGAAGUAAGAGCAAACAUUGACAGAUCAUCAAACAAUUAUAGACUGUAACUCCUCACCGAAUCCUCUAAGAACUGAUGGCUCGGACGGAUUAUCUCCUUCACCUUUUCUCCAUUCUUAUAUAUCUUAAACGUCGGAACGGUUUUUAUGCUCUCAGCUUUUGCUACUGCUAAGCUCUCUUCCACAUCCACCUU